AUGGAGUACGUCGGCUUCAGCAACCUCUCCUCGACGCGAAGGACGGAGGUCGCGUCUGAAUUCACGCAGCCCUGGAUGUUCACGAGCCUCGAGCAGUGCCUGGCUCACUACGACGCGACGCCCCCCCUCGACGACGAGGUCUCCUGCAACGCCACCUGGGACAACAUAAUGUGCUGGCCGCCGACACCUGCCAACAUAAGGGUGACUCUCCCGUGUCCGCCAGUGCAGGGAGUCGACCUUAAACAGACGGCCUACAGAACGUGCUCAUCCGAAGGCCGCUGGAUGGGAAAAGACCCCUUCAGCAACUUCACGAACGGUUGGACUAACUACACCGCUUGUUUCACGCCGAAUGUCCUUGAUCUUUUCAAUCAGCUGUAUUCCGGGACUGAGGAGGAGGCCCAGAUAAAAUUUCUCGUGGCGAAGGGAUCUAGAGCGUUAGAAAUCAUCGGUUUAAUCCUCUCCCUCGUCUCUCUCCUCCUCUCUCUCUUCAUCUUCAGUUAUUUCAAAUUCGUAGAUUUUAGGGGUCCAAUAUCUCAGCCAAGUUUCAGAAAACUCCGAAACAACCGCACGAGGAUCCACAAGAACCUGUUCGCCGCCAUGAUCCUGCAGGUGCUGGUUCGCCUCAUCCUGUACGCUGACCAGGCCAUCGUCAGAGGGGACUCGACCGGCUUGGGCUCGGGGCUGUCGACGGAGAGGCAGGGGAUCGACAGCACGCCGAUUUUGUGCGAAUCUUUCUACAUCUUCCUGGAGUACGGUCGUUCAGCGAUGUUCAUGUGGAUGUUCAUCGAGGGGAUGUACCUGAACAACCUCAUCAGCGUCGCCUUCUUUCAAGGACCACCCAACUACAGCGCGUAUUACUUCAUCGGUUGGGGUAUCCCCGUAUUCAUGACAGCUUCCUGGGCCGCCGUCAUGUCCCUCUGGAUGAACGUGGACUGCUGGCUCGGUUACUCUCUCACGCCCUAUUACUGGAUUCUAGAGGGACCAAGAUUCACUGUCAUUGGGGCAAACCUCCUGUUUCUCCUCAACAUCAUGAGGAUUCUGAUAAGCAAACUACGUGAAGCUAGUUCCAGUGAAGUGCAGCAAAUAAGGUCAACCCUCCGGAGAUCCGUGCGCAACGCCCUCUUCCUCCUGCCGCUCCUGGGAAUCACCAACGCCAUCACCAUGAUUCCCAAACCGCUGGAACGAUCGGCUUUCGAGUUCGGGGUCUGGUCCUACGGCACGAAUCUGCUGACGUCAUCAGGGUUCGUGGUGGCGUGCAUCUACUGCUUCUUCAACGGAGAUGUGAAAAUAACAUUAUGCAUCUUCUGGAGCCUCAAAGUCACGCUUCGAACCCGCAAGCAAAGAUCCGAAGCUUCGUCUGCCUUUCCCGACCCUGACGGCAUGUACGAUGCUGGUUUCGCUCACCGACCGAAGCUUCAUUUCAAGGCGCGCAGCAAGUCCUCCAGCGACAAGGGCCUCCCGAACGGCCACCUGCAGUCGCUGCAACAGCCUGGGCGGCUAACCACAGCGCCCACAUGCUGCAGCCGCGAGGAGCCCGGACCCUACCACGUCACGAUCCCCACCACCAGCUUAUGACGUCCGGCGCCGUGCCCCCUGAGCCCCCCUCCUCGCCCGGGCCUCCUCAAGGGCUCGGAGCCGCGCGUCAGCUUCCAUCUUCCGGACGCAGCAGGGCCUCGUCCG